AUGCUCACCGGCUGGACCGUGCACUCGCCGACGGUUCUGAGCUGGGUUCUCGUCGGGUUUCACGCCAAACAUGGACACCAAAUUGAAUGUGCAGAGUUAGCGGAUGAGCUGUCGGUGAACUGGCAAGUGAACCAGCCAGAAGAACGCUCCGGAGCUUCAGCGCAGAACCUCAGCAAUGACUGGCUUCGCGAGGUGGCCGUGCGAGCGCUUCCCGACGGUGCCCAUGAACGCGACCACGACAUCGUGUACUUCACCGUUCGACACUGCGUCACUGUCGACACGUUGUACGGUGUAGCUUGCUACCGACAGCGUCAGGUGGACUGCAGUCGCAUCGCUAGCGCUGAGGAGGCUGCUGCAACAGCCCGAGGUCUCGUCCAAAAGUCUGUGGUAUUGUUGAGUCGCUGGCCUCUGUAUGCGCUUCUAGCGAGUCGACUAGAGCCGGUGGUUGCCAGUUACUUUGCGAAACAUAACUUUGGGCAGGUAGACUGCUUCCGGACCUUGGUUACGACGCUGAAUGAAGAGGUAGCGGCUGCAUUGGGCGACCCUGAAGUGCAACGACUGCCGGUAUCGACACCAGUGCCAGUGCAGCGACUACCAGCGUGCCUGGAUCGCUACGUCUUUGGCGACACGUGUCUCCAACAGCUGGUGACGCGGCUUCGACGGGACUUGUUGCGCCUGAUCAAACUCGUUUUAUUAGAAAGGCGCGUUUUGGUCGUUGGGUCACCAGUCGAGCUCGUGGCUAAGGCAGUGCUUUCGCUGGUCAGCGUUUUCCCGGCCGAGUGUCUGGAGCCGCCACCGAACUCGGGGCGGGACGCUGCACUUGACCUAGCGACGUGCUGUACACUAGCACAACUUCCUUUUGGUCUGUUCGACCUGUAUGGAAGCACGGGCGUGAUUCGUGUUGAACCGUAUGUGCCGCUGGCGUCUCUACAACCAACGUUAGCCGAACGAGACGCUGAUACUGCUGCUGCCACAACAACGCGCUGGAUCGUUGGGGUAUCUACACCUGUCGGUCGACUAUUUGCGGAUGCUUGUCGGUCUGCUGGGGUCUUUGAACGCUCACCGGUGCGAUCCCUAUUCGUAACAGGGCGCUCGGCGUCUGCGCAGACACCACACUCGGUACCUGAGUCGAUGUCUCCGGAGCGCAGCGACACCAGGCCAGCCAAGGCUUCGUGGCGGCCGAUGAACGCCUUCCCGCAGCCGCCAGAUGCACUGGUGCACCUUGAGCGAGGUCGGGUCUAUUUCACGCCGGAACUCGCGUCACUUUUAGAGCUAACUCGUUCAGAGAAACGUUUCAUAGAUGAGCUGGUCCAUGCGACUGCACGCGGAGCACUGAACGAGUCAGCAGUGCGAGCACGCCUUCAAUGGUACAUCGUGAAGCUUGCCUUGAUAGCUGCAGUGGCUGGUGAUGAUGCCCCCAUGCCCGCUGAACAGCAACCUGCUCUGAUCGAUGAACUAGGUCUCCCGUUUUUCCAGCACUGGAAUCGUCAUACAACGCAUUUUCGACGCUGGCACGCUUCAUUGCAUAGGGCACAUGCGACGCUGCGACGCAACGCACUGGGACAUGUGUUGCGGUACGCGUCGAGCAUGCCGACUGCCGUCGAUGAACAACAGCAACAACAACAUUCGAUGCGCGCCUCCUUCGAGGAGCUGGACGCGGGGCUGGGGCUGCAUUCGCUUCGCCAGGCUUGGAUGCGCUGGUGGCGCUCCGCUACCUCCACGGACGAUACUCGACGGCAGUCGUCGUGGAGAGUGCAUCACGGAACUGCGGUCACUCGAGUCGAGAGCCGUGGAGCCAGCGAUGCUUGGCAGCGCUCCUGGGCACUGCCGUCCAUCUCCGCGGGUACCAUUGCCGACGAAGCAUGGGCGUCAUCUGGCGAAGCGUCAACGAUUCCGCAGGCGAAAGCGCACCUGAUGACGCCAGCGGUUGCCGCUGCCUUCACGUCGACGGAUAUCACGUUAUUGCGGGAUCGCUUGUCGCCCUGA